UUUUUCUUACAAGGAAACAUCGGAUACUGUGACAAAAAUUUGAUAGUUAAAAUGUUUUCUCUGCCAGAUGAAGUUCAAUUUGAUGUAUUAAAAUGCCUUAAUUUCAAUCAAUUAUGCUCUGUUAGACUAACCAAUUUUUACUUUUGCAAUUUAAUUAAUAAAUAUGAAAGAAGCUUGGCAAGAAUGAAAUUCAAAGGACUUUUCCUCAAGGUGACCCUUUUAUCUCCUUUUUACUAAAGUUUUUAGUAUUUUCGCCUCUUUUUAUCCCCUUUUUUACAUUGCCACUUUUUUAUACAUAUAAUUUUCGAAUGCGGCGCUGAGAAUACUAAUAUCAUGCUUUAGCUUCGAAUCUGGAACUGGAAUUGACAAUAAAAAAACUGGAACUGAUUUGAUAAUGGAACUGGAACUCAGAAAACUCUGUACUCCCGGUACCGAAAAAAUCAUUUGCCGAACGCUAGUCUU